CUUAAAUUUACUUCAACUAAAUUUGGGAAACGAAGGCGCAGCCGCGAAGUUGUACCGCACCGUACAACCCACGCGCACCAUCUCUGCACGACGCCCCGGCCGAAUUCCACGAAGAGAAGAGGGAAGAGGGUAUCAAGGUUUCUCACCAUUUCCAAUUAAAGUGGGAAAGAGGACCAGCUUCUGGGACGAUUCUUGGAAAUUCUAUCGUUUUCUUGUUUCUUUACCCAGUUACCUGUGGAAUGCUCUCAAUUAUCGUUUUAACUAUCGGGAUUUAGAUGGUCUCUAGAUUGCUGAUCCUAACCCUAAGUAUAUGUUUGUUUGUGUCAAGUUAUGGAGAAAAAUGAAGCGGGGGGUGGGGGCUACGGAGGAGAUCCUGGAGAUCAGUUCCACAGGAACGAAGCGAUUUCCGCUGUUGCUGACGAGGGCUUUCUUGGAGAGGAGGACGAUGACUAUGAGGAUCUCUAUAAUGAUGUCAAUGUUGGUGAGAACUUUCUGCAGACGCUUAGGAGGAACGAGGAUAACGUAGGGCAGAGGAAUGACGAUAAAGGGGGGCGGGCGAACGAGGGUGUGCGGGAGAACACAACUAAUCUUGCUCCGCCGCAGCAGCUGCCACAACAACAGUUGCAAGUGGAUAGCGGUGUACCUCUGCAUAAUCAAGGUUAUUCAUCUGCGGUUCCAGGUGGAGCUGAUGCACAUGAGCAUGUUGUGUUUGGAGGAAAUAGCAAUGCAGGUGAUAUUGGCGUUGGGAGAGGAGUUGGGCCGCCAAGUGGUGGUGGGGCAGGUGGCCAUGGGGGUGGAUUUAGGGUUGAUCUGCAACCAUCAAAUAAGGUAGUUGAGCUCGAGCGACCUCUGAGCAACCCUCUCCCUAAUAAUCAACCAAUGGUUCCUCACCAUCAGCAACCUACUGCUAAUAUAGGGAAUUUUGACAAUGUUAGGAAUUUCGGAAAUGUUAAUGGGACCGGUGGAAAUGUUUAUGGAGGUGAUGCUGGAGGUAGAGGGGCUGGCAGAGUGAGUGAUGGUCCUGUGGGAAUUGGUGUUGGUGUUGGUGGAGUUGGAGUUGGAGUUGGUGGUGGCGGUGGAGGAGGAGGGGGGACAGUUCUUUUUGUCGGUGACCUUCAUUGGUGGACAACUGAUGCAGAGUUGGAAUCCGAGCUAUGCAAGUAUGGGUUAGUAAAAGAGGUAAAAUUCUUUGAUGAGAGAGCUAGUGGUAAAUCAAAGGGUUAUUGUCAGGUUGAGUUUUUUGAUCCUGCAGCUGCCACUGCAUGCAAGGAAGGAAUGAAUGGACAUAUUUUUAAUGGUCGAGCCUGUGUAGUGGCAUAUGCAUCACCUCAGACUGUUAAAAGAAUGGGUGAGGCGCAGGUUAAUAGAAACCAGCAGCAGACUGGUGCUGCAGCUGUUAAUCAACCACGAAGAGGGCCUGUGGAUGUGCCAGGUAAACCUGGAGGUGUUGGUGGCAACCUAGCGACUGGUGGAAAUUAUCAAGGAGGUGGUGAUAACUAUAACAAUAUCAACAACAAUAACAACAACAACAACAAUAAUAGAGGUUUUGGGAGAGGAAAUUGGGGUAGAGGCAACUCUCAAGGGGGGAUGGGAAAUAGAGGACCAAUGGCUCUCAUGAGGAACAGAGCUGGUGGAAUGGGUGUGCGUGGAAUGUCUGGCAGUAAUGGAUUUGGGCAGGGUAUUGGUGCCGCCCCUCCCAUGAUGCAUCCUCAGGCGAUGAUGGGUCAAGGUUUUGAUCCUGCCUUUGGAGGUCCAAUGGCUAGAAUAGGCGGUUAUGGUGGAUUUCCUCCUGGUGCCCCUGGAGCACCCUUCUCAGGAAUGCUAUCCUCUUUUGGGCAUGUAGGAAAUGUUGGUUUGCCCGGUGUUGCUCCACAUGUUAAUCCAGCAUUUUUUGGGAGGGGAAUGCACAUGAAUAGCAUGGCAAUGAUGCCCUCAUCUGGAGUUGAGGGGCCUAAUAUGGGGGGAAUGUGGUCGGAUCCGAAUACGGGAGGAUGGGCAGGCGAUGAACAUGGAGGGAAAGCAGGAGAGUCUAGCUAUGGAGAAGAAGCUGCAUCUGACCACCAACAUGCAGAAGGAAGUCAAGAUAGAGGGCCGUGGCCAAAUUCCAUAAAGGAAAAAGACAGGGGAUCAGAGAGGGACUGGUCUGGAUCUUCUGAGAAAAGGCACCGAGAUGAUAGAGGAGCUGCUUAUGAAAGAGAUGUUCCCAGAGAAAAGGAUAUGGUGCGUGAUCCGGAUUGGCCUGAAAGGAAACAUCGUGAUGACAAAGAUGUUAGCAGGGAUAGGGAUAGGGAAAGGGAAAAGGAGAGGGAAAGAGAAAGAGAAAGAGAAAGAGAAAGAGAAAGGGAUAGGGAAAGGGAAAAGGAAAGAGAAAGGGAAAAAGAGAGGGAAAGGGAAAGAGAACGUGAACGUGAUAGGGAUCGUGAACGGGAACGUGACAGGGAUCGUGAACGUUCGUUAGACCGUGGUCGUGAUCGGGAACGUAAUAGGGAUGAGAGAGAUAGAUAUGCUGAUCCUCAUAGGCACAAGAAUCGUGAGGCAGAACGUGAUGAUGAAAUUGACAAGGGAAGAUCUUCGAGGGCUCGGCCGAAGUCACGGGCAUCUCAUGAGGAGGAGCACAGAUCAAGAUCAAGGGAUGCUGAUUAUAGUAAAAGGCGACGCCUAACUUCGGAUUAACUCAUGCACUCCUUGAAUAUUAUGUGGUUAGUUCAGAGAGAAUGACUAGACACUAAAUAAUCGGUGUUAACCAUGACCACUCACUGUCUAUUGCUAGCUGUACUGUUCGAUGUCUGAUAUAAAAAAGCUGCUGGACCCUUCUUAUGAGAUCCAUGGCUUCAGUUAUCUUAUGACACAAUUGAGGACGCAUGCUCUUUGGUGCACGAUUCAACCUGUAGGAUGUGAAGCUGCUCUACUGAAGUCUGGAUUCUUGGGAAAUGGACUGUUCACAUAGCUUCUAGAUGAGAGAAAUGAGACGGCAUGGUGACACUGCGUAGCGUGUGGUAGGGGGGCCUUUUAUUUCAGUUACUGGAUAAUUCGUUUGUGUUUUUAAGUUCUAUAUGACUUUCACUACGCUUUAUUGUGGAUGAUGGGUUAAAAUGCUUACGCCUGAGAUCUUGGUGGAUGUUUGAGAAUAUAUUGCUGUGUGAAUGUGAUGUAUUGGAUUAAAGACACAGGAUGCUGCCAUUGCUGCCCGCCUUUUCAGGGUCUUUUUGUUGUUGUAAUUCCUUUGGGUAUGUCAUGUUUUAAAUCCCACACUUUUAAUUAUAUGCAAUGAUCAUGUAGAA